AUGGUGGUCCCGAUAACCGAAGAACGGUUGCUGAAGCGCAGGAAAUUGGCCGAAGAUCCGGACUUCGAAUUCGACGAGCCGUUGGACUACAUGAAGUUUCUCCUCGACAGCCCGGACGCUUUUGAUCCUUCUUUGAAAACCAACCCUGUUCCUCUGGCCCGAGCCUACAUCAUGGUCAACGCCUCUGCAUUCCACGCAACUGGUUUAACGCUGGCCAACCUUCUCCUCGACGUCUUCUCGGCCGAUCUAAAUGUCGCCGAAGAGCUCAGAGGAGAGGAUGUUGCUGUCCAGGCCGAGCACGGCGCACGCCUCAGUUUCCCUGUGUUGGGUCGUCAUCGUGACGAGUCCUUGUAUCCAAAUCCCGAUCAGUACGAUGCGUUCAAGUUUUCUAGAGUCCGACUGCAACAGCAUGAUAAGGUUGGGAAUGAGAUCAAAGUCAAGGCAGCGGUGACAACCGACGCGGAAAACCUUUCGUUGGGCCUUGGAAAAAGUGUUUGUCCCGGAAGAUUCUUCGCCGUCGACUUGCUGAAGGGAAUUGCGGCGCACAUUCUGAUACAUUACGAGGUUCAGCAUUUCAGUGAGCGACCAGCGAACAUAGUCAUCAGCUCACAGUGCAAAACCACCCCUAAAGGCGAUGAGAAAAGUUAG